AAUAACAACGUUACCAAAUGGAAUAUUUGAUGCACUGACGAGUCUGGAGACAUUAUACCUGCAUGACAAUACAAUAACAACGUUACUGACUGGAACCUUUGAUGCGUUGACGAGUCUUCAGACAUUAGAAUUGAGGAACAAUAAACUAACAACGUUACAGACUGGAACAUUUGAUCAAAUGGGGAAUUUACAGGGCUUAGACUUGAGCAACAAUAAACUAACAACGUUACAGACUGGAACAUUUGAUCAAAUGGGGAAUUUACAUGGACUAGACUUGAGCAACAAUAAACUAACAACGUUACAGACUGGAACAUUUGAUCAAAUGGGGAAUUUACAGAUACUUGUUGUAAGCGGAAACCCACUACAUUGCGAUUGCCACUUAGUCGCCCUUAUCCGCUUUAUGAAAACAAGGCGAUUGGAGUUAAAGCUCUUCUCGUCGAGUACGGAACCUUCCUGUCAAAACCCUCUUAAUUUAAAAGACACGUUGUUGAAGGACAUUUCACUUCAAGAAGUUGUUUGUGAUUCAGGGAAUGCGACAACUCAAACCUACACAGUAGAUGUGACGUCUGUAAACUCAAUGGUCAAAGCCGGAGAUAAUUAUACAUCUCUUUGUAACAUUUCGGGACAUGGGACACUAGACAUCAUCACAAAUUUAAAGGUGAAGUGGUACCACAAUUCAAAGCUGCUGACCAGUCAAUGCACCUUGGAGGAUGUGUCAAUGGCGGAGAAGUAUUCGUGUGAGGUACUUCCCCUUCAACAGAACAGCAUCAGCUCAGAGAUGACAGUAAUGGAUAUACAAAGAGAAGAUGUUGGGAUUUUAAUCUGUGAAUUGACUCAGCAGGUGAAAGAGAACGGGAUAUGGGAAGACAAAUUGUUAGAGUAUGAGUCAGCGGUAAUCCAAAUCAGAGGUAUAUGUAGAGGAAGACAACCAUGCGUAAAAGUUACUGUAUAUAUAAAUAUUGCCCUAACUUCAAUUAAUGUAAGGUGAAUAUAACGAAUAGUGACCAGUCUCACAACCCCUUUUAUGAAUGCAAAAUAACAAGUUGAAGAAACGCGAACGUGGGCAUACCAGAAGUGAGAUCGGGUGUCUUUGAGGCGUAAUCAAUAUUUGUCGGCCGGUCACACCCGCCGUUGGUCCUAUAUCUUAAGUAAACAAGCUUCCGUAGACAAAAACAAUUUGCGAAGAAUGGCCUAAAACUUUGUAUGAAACACGUUACACAACAUUUGAUGCAAUGUUAGGUUGGUGAAAUAGCAAUGGGAGUAAAAAAUUAGAAUUGAUAAGAGGGGGUGCUUGCUCUUCCUACGCACCUCAUCCAACUUCUGGUGUGUCCAGGUGUUCGUAUUUGACCUGUUCUUAAUUAUAAAAGCUUUAUGUUAUUUUUGAGAUUGAUUAUUCUUCGUUGUGUCCAAUUGACAUCAAUACAAACAAAGCAAGUCAACACUUGAUCUGGCAAAUAUUUAUCAUGUAUCUAGAUUUUUUGUCAUUGUAUAAGACACUAGGACUGGUUUUUCAAAUAACAAUUUGCCGUAUACGUCUAAACACGUGAUGCAUACAUUCAUCAACAACCAAUGACACAAUAUCUCUUGACACGGUGACAUUGGGAUCUUCAAAUUGAAAUACGUUUUGCAAGAAGAAUUCCAACCCAACAGGUAAACCCCUUAUAUAGAGAUUGGAUUUCUGUCGAAUUUCUAUAUCCCCCAUGCCAUCUGAAGUAAGUUUGUUACUUUACUUACUUUUGUCUUUGGUAAAUAUUAUGACUUGCCUGAAACAUGCAUGUAUGCGGACUUUUCUAUUGUUAAAGAUUGUUUCACAGAUGCCACAAUUUGGGAUCUAUGUUGAGACCAUUUUGAAUUUGACUUUGCACUUGGCGUUAAUUGUUAGGAAUUGCAGAUCAGAGGAUACAUCUUUGACGAUAUAUAAUCAGACGAAUAUUGUUUGGUGUGCCGCUCAUUAACUUGCUAUCGAUAGAGUGAUCAAAUGACAAGAAAACAAUCAUAUAUGUCCACAAAGUACUAAAUCAUUCUCAGCUGGUAAUUCGAGUCAGCUGAUCUUUGCUUAACGCUGAUGAAUUGCAAAGUUGUGUUUUGAGAAGGAAAACAAGUAAUUUACAUUUGGGCAUACCAUUUACAUCACUGAUUGCUUAAUAGGCAAGAUGUCCCAAUGUCAUAAGAAAAAUACGAUAUCCUUGUAUAUUUCAAAUAUAUAUCCGUAAUGUAACAUAUUUCAGCGACUAGGGAAUCCCAUGGCUAUAGUUUUAAUUCGAGUAUUUGAAGAUAUCAAAAUAGAGCAUUGUAUAAAAAUAAAAAAAGUGAUAAAUGAGAACCACCCAGGUGCCUUGCUCAAAUAAAUCCAUGGAAGAUCCAUCGAUGAACUGUUACCUAUGCAACGUAAGAUGCAUGUGUCCCUGUCUUCAACCUUAGUUGGUAUUUAUAUCGAUAUAUUCAACACUGGUAAGUAUUUAGAUUGCAAUUGCCAAUGCUGGUGAGUACAUAUUUUUGUUUUCCCUUAAAAUAAACUAAUAUAGACUACUAGAAGGUGCAUCGCUAUGUGCGAGUUAUAUAUUUACUCGGAAUGUAUAUGUUUAUCUGGUAUUUACAAGUUUUACAUGUUAUUAGUUUCUCCGAAGCGUACAUUUACUCGGUAAGUAUGAUGCAUAUAUCUGCUUGAUAUUUACAAGCCAUACAUUCACUUGGUAUUUACAAGUUAUACGUUUAUUCGAUAUAAGCGUAUUUCUUGCAUACGCAGCGAACGGGGAAUCGAAAAAUAAAUAACAUUAUUUUCGUGUUUACUGAGCUAAUUAUAAUGACAAUAAUCACAAACAUGGAACAUGGUAAGUAUUCAAUGUUUCAUUCAUUUUUUCUAUCAUCGUAUUUGAACAUUUCAGGAGAUCAGAAAUACGGCUGUCUCUUUGUCGGUUCGAGAAGGACAUGAUCUGCGUGUGGACAGGGGUUUUUGGAGAUUACGGUCAGAUGCUGACAAGCUGGUGUUGCCUGGAUUUCGGCGCUCUCCUUCGAGAUCGGCAUUUCUCAAGUUCUAUGGCCGUUAUGAUAAUCUGGCCCCAAGACCAUCAACUGACAAUAGUCAGAAAUUUGAUUGUUGUUAUCUUAAGAUUUAUUUAGCACAGAUGCUAAAAAAUAGCUGGUUGAUAAAAAAGCAAAUGCAAACUAAUAUUGAAUUAUAUUUGUUUAUCACUUCAAAACUUAUCUUGAUUUAAAAUUUAGACUAAAGUUUAUUCUCAGUUUAUGGUCUUGAGGCCAGGAUUACAGGUGCAAACUCUCAUUGGAUUGGAUAAUGUCCGACCACUUUCAUUGAAAUUAUCAGGCCGUUGUUUUUAAAAAUGGUUUUGACUACAGAUUAUCCCGCUUACCUGAUCAAAACAGAUGUUUCACGAAGGGAUUAACCGAUUGACAACGAAUAUGUUCUCCUCCUAGACAACUGAUACCACCUCCAUUGAUUUGAAUGCUGGGGAUUAUAUCACUAGUAAGAGAAGGAACAAUAUCGCCACUUGAUGUUUCCCGUUCUGUCCAAUGGACGUGCCGCUAUUGACACUACACUUCACUCGGUUAUACCGCUUCGGUUAGAGGGAGGGGUCAUCCUGCAAUGGACAGAUGUCUCACUCUGCAGGAAUCUAUUACUCACAUCCGUUAAACACCUUAUCAUUCAGAGAAACAACCAUGUAACAUCAUUCUUACCGCCCAGAAGGAUGUAUGCUACCACAGUGCUGUCCAUGCAACUUUCUCAAACUGGAUAUACGCAGGACAUUGAUAGUCGUGAACAGUGCUUCAUCUCUGGCAACAACGUCUAAUUCCAUCAAUGGCAACAGGGUCAGCCGUCAAUGUUUUUCUUCCAGCCGGCAACACUACUAUACUGAAUUCUGAUCAUUUUAAAUUCUCAGUGGGAGGGAUUUCCCAAGUCUGUAGCAUCAGAGACACCAGUUCCCAUCAAUUAACUACUGCAUCAUCACCUGAACAGGUGCUAGUUACACACUGCUAGCAUCAUUUUAAUUUAUAGCUAUGUUGGUUUAACCUUAGUGUAGCUAGAUAUAUCAUUUCACAUGUAACGUAUUAUCUUAUAGACAUGGCAUGUUUCAUGAUGGAACACGCUGAUUGUCCACAGGAUUUAUUUAGAUUUCAUAUAGUGCAACGACGCAUGCUUCCAAUGCUUAACUUCUCAUCGAAUAAUUUUAUAAGCCAAUUCUAAAGUUUUAUUUUUGUAUGUGUACAUUCAAAUGUAUAUAUAUCACAUUAUGACUUCGUUACAUGUGCAUCGUAUCGCUGCGUGUAUACAAUUUGAUGUACAUUUAAUUUUAUUUGCCUCAUUAGGUUCACUAAUUAUGUAUGUAGAUACAUGCAUGCAUUUAGGUAUAAUAGAAUUGUCUUUUCAUCAGUGUGAAACAAAUAUCUAGUAUUUGUCUAGCUUCAGAAUUGCGAGUUCAAUUUUACAUUGUAAUUAAACCAGGCCACACCUUUCCAGUGCCUUUGUCUAGACAACCCAAACUCGUAUUGAAUACUUGUGUGUAGGGUUUUCAAUAUAUAUUUCAACCCAAUGCACAUUGUUUUCGGAGCUCAUGUUUAUUAAUGUAUGCAUAGACAUUCAACAAGUUCAUAUCUAAGAGCCACUGGAAUAACAUUAUUUGCUUGGUGCCAUCUUUUUUUCUUUAUCAUUGAAAACUUCGUAAAUGGACCUGAGAUCGGUUAUUAGGUCCUAAUUUGUGUGUCCAGAUUGGCCAAAUGUGGCGCUGGGCAGUUAUAUAUGCAACAUUUUUUUGUUUUGCUACAGUAGGUUGCCUAAAACGGAACCAUAUUGUUUUUAAUAUGGUGACAUUUUGGCUUACCCAGAGUGUGACCUUGCAUCUAUUAUUUUUUUUUCUAAUAUGUAGUUUUUCAUUCUCAUAGUUGCUAUGUUAACCUCAGUUUUAGUAUUAUUUUACAACCAUUUCGAUGUAUUUAUUGAUCUUUGUUUUAGCUUGAUUUUAAUGUUUUAUAUGUAAAGUGCUUUAAGGUAGUUGUCUUCAUAAUCGCAAUAUAAAUGUACUGUAUUUAUGAUAUUAAUUUUGGAUGACACAUUCAUGUUUUGGUCAAUGCGAUUUGUUUGUGACAGUGUGAUACAUUUUUUGAGUAUCUGGUGCCAUAUAUUGGUAUGUCCAGAGCGGGACCAAAUGUAAUAUCUUUAUGUUUGUUUGGAACAUCCUUCUGUUUGUUUGGAACAUCCUUACGUUUGUUUGGAACAUCAUUAUAUUUGUUUCAAACAUCAUUAUGCUUGUUAGACAGUUUAGCUCAUCUGAGUCAAAGGCUCAAGUGAGCUUGUUUGAUCAAAAUGUGUAUGUUCUCUGUCGUCGUUGGCGUCGCCGGCGUCGUAAACUUUUCCCAUUUUCGACUUCAUCUCAAGAACCACUGAACCAAUUCCAAUAAAGCUUGCCAUAAGCAUCUUCGGGUGAAGGGCUUUGACGUCUUCUUCUCAAGAACCACUGGGCCAGAAAAAAUGAAAUUUUCAUGAAAGCUUCCUGACAUAGUACAUAUUCAAGUUUGUUCAAAUCAUGGCCCCCGGGGGUUGGAUGGGGCCAAAAUAGGAGAUCAAAAUUUUACAUUCAGAUAUAUAGGAAAUAUCUUUAAAAUCUUCUCAAGAACCACCGAGCCAGAAAAACUUAUAUUCAUAUGAAAGCUUCCUGACAUGAUGCAGAUUCAAGUUUGUUCAAAUCAUGGCCCCUGGGAUCUGACGGGGGCACAAUAGGGGAUCAAAGUUUUACAUACAAAUAUAUCAGAACAAUAUUUAAAAAUCUUCUCAAGAACCACUGUGCAGGAAAAGCUGAUAUUUACAUGAAAGCUUUCUGACAUAUUUCAGAUUCCAAGUUGUUAAAAUCAUGGCCCCCAAGGGUAAGAUGGGGUCACAAGGGGGGUCAGAUUUUUACAUACACAUUUAUAGGGGACAUCUUUAAAUAUGGGUCAAGGUGACUCAGGUGAGCGAUGUGGCCCCUGGGCCUCUUUUUUCACUUUGAGUUGUUCGAAACUGGACCAUACUUUUUUUCAAAAGCCGUGCUAUAUUUCAUUUCUACAAAAUGUUCAGCAGUUAAGAAACUGUUCAUUAUGUUUAUUAAUCAUCAUAAACAGGUUAAAGGUUAUCUGCUGUCUUUUUGGGACGGGGGGGGGGGGGGGUUCAGAAGUAUGUGCUGCCUACCAUGUUUAUAAAUCUGAUACUAUAUAUAGACCAGAAGUCGUGUACUGUUAUCGGUUAUUUCAACAAUUUCAUUAUUAGGACAUUGUUGACAUCCAACCUUAGUUUUUGGUCUAUUGGUGACAUUUCAGGAGUUGUUGGUUGUCUUCGUAUUUCUUAUUAGCCAUGAUUUUGUAUCCAGGUAAACAGGUCAAAAUAUGUUUGCUGUGUUACCUGGUUAGCUCGGUGUACAUGUAAUUUGUUGUGUUGGUGUCUUAUCAGUCAGUUUGAUAGUCCUAAUGUGGGUGACUACUUUGCUGGACACAGCAGUGUACCUGGUUAAUUAUAUAUAUUACAUCAAAAACCGUUUGUUUAGCUAUUUUCAGUCUCUUCACGGGUCAAUUACAAGCACUACAAAUCGCCUUUAGUUGGUGGAUCCCAUUUGAAUGUGGUCUUUGUGUGGUUGUUACCUAAUUUUUGUUAAGACGGACAACUAUUUUGUGUCAUUUUUAAAUAUUUUGAUCCCUAUUAUCGAUAUUGUAUAUCCUCCAAUGUUAGGAGUAAACUUGUAUUAUAUAAUGCCAAAUUGAUAUGUCAAAUGUUUAUUAGUCUCCUUAUAUAUGCUCGAUGAGUUGUGUUUGAAAUAACAUGUAAUGGAAAAUAUUUCUCUUUUAAUAAAAAGUGCAAUUUAAUUACCUGUUAUACUUUUCUAAAAAGACCGUGUGG